AAAAAGGAAAUAGAGUGAAUCACUUGUCUGCACUCACUUGUCAAACAAAAUUGUCCAUAAGAGUUGACACUUUUGUUAUGAUCAAAAGACUGUUGAAAACAUGAGGUUUUACGUGAAUUUUAUACUGUUAGUAGCUCUAAUUGUAAAUUCCCAAAGCAAUGCUCAACGUACCAAAGACAAAAUGUACCAGCCAUUGAAUGGAAUUGCGUCCUGCUUUCGGAGAAUGAAUGGUACACAUCAAACAGGUUGUUCAUCUGCAAAGGAGGGUACAACCGGUGUAGUGCAUUACGUAAAGAAAUCCAGUGAACUGGACUUGAUCCUUUCACUAGACAAUAAUUUGCAAUAUAUCCCUGCCAUUCCAGUCAAUGAAUUCACCAAAGAAGUUGUUCAAAAAUUGCUAACAUCAAGCAAAAUAUCCGGCCUAGUUGUGUAUGAAACAAAUGAAACCACAAUCAAGCAUUUCAGCCAUGAAGACUCAUGUCCGAAUCGUUACUCAAAUCUCGAUGGCACAUGCACGAAAUCAUGGAACGAGUAUGGCACUGGCCUCCUGCUAGAAGAUCUAUCAAUUCCGAUCUUUUAUUUGAACCUAUCCGAGGAUGUGAAAAUGAUCAAAGACUGCUUCAUUAAAUUCAACAAUUUUUCAUAUGAAACACAUCAGGACAGAUCUCUAUGUGCCUUGGAACUUUCAAGUUUUAUGUUUGCCGCCAUAAAUACGCCCACUUGCAUAAGGCGUGGUUCAAAUGCGAAUUUUAACUUUAACACGGUGAAAUUCUGCGAUGCUCUUGGUGAUCAGAACGUUUGGGCGACAUUAUUUCCAAUUGCACAAACAAAUUCGUUGAAGUACGUUGUGGUAUCAGCAAGAAUGGAUAGUUCGUCCAUGUUCAGUGAUUUGGUUCCGGGUGCGGCUUCUCCAGUUUCUGGUUUGGUUACGCUUUUGUCGACAGCUCAGGUUUUGAAACGGAUGGUGCCAAAAUACGAAGAUUAUGAUUACAAUGUGAUUUUCGUACUUUUCAAUGGUGAAUCCUAUGAUUAUAUCGGAUCUCAAAGAAUUGUUUAUGAUAUGUCUUUGGACCGAUAUCCCGUGCACGGUUUUACUACAAGCAACAACGAGACUGUUUCCAACAUAAAUCUUAAGGACAUUGCUUUGUACAUUGAAAUUAGCCAAAUUAGUCAAGUUGACCAAAUGUAUAUACAUUAUAAGAAAGAUAGUGAAGAGAUAACACGUAUGUUCAAUCUCUUGGAUAAAAAUAACGCCGAUAGAUUCAAGAAAUCCAGUGGUAAUAUUCCUCCGGCAUCGCUACAAUCGUUCUUGAACGAAGAUCCUGAAAUACCUGGCAUCGUCUUGGCGGAUCAUGGUGACACGUACAAAUCCCAAUAUUACCACUCGAUUUACGAUAACGCAGCCAAUCUGCAGUUCAAUUACGUCAACACUUCGGAGAACAGCAUCAAAGUCGUACCUGAGGACAGUAUACAGGAGUACGUGGCUAAGAUCUCGACCGGUUUGGCUAAAAGCAUUUUCGAGUUCGUAACGAAAGAACAAUACAACGGCUCAGAGAAAGCCGAUGUUCUGUUGGUUAACGAACUGUUCCAUUGCUAUCUGGAGAACGCGAAUUGCACCGUCCAUCAGGCUGUCCAGAGAAGGCAGUUCCGGCAAGCACCGUUCAAUUUGUACGUUAGCGUUGCGGUCGUUCCGAACAUCGUGACCAGUUUGAUUGGUUUGACUCUGGCAUGGUUCACCGCCGACAAAGUUAAAACCGGCCCUUGCGAUCCUGACCUCAACACAGAUAUUUACAGAUACUUCAAUAUGUCGGAGAGCAUAAGUAACUUGAAUUCAACUCAAUGCUUUAAAGCCAGUAUGAACUUCACGGAAGCCAAGAGUCCAGCGUUUGAUAUCGAAGACUAUGCGUGGGAUUCGGGCAAAUACAGCACAUGGUCCGAGAGCGUGUGGCACGAUUUCAGUAUGAGGAUGUUCUUGAAACCCUCGAAAUCUCAUGAGAUUAUGACUAUUUCUAUUGGAACAACGGUGUUUGUUGCAGCCAUUGCUAUUAUACUGUUUAUCAAGAGGAAGUCUGAGGUGUUAUUCGAAUCUGGCGAUACCACGCCAACCAAUUGCUAAUCCAUACAGGGAACUACUUAAAGACUUAUUUGUUAGGAUUAAUUUGAAAUAUUUUAUAAUUGCAAUAUGUUAAAACCAUCCAGGCUCAUUCUACAUGCAAAUUCGAUAACA